UGGGUGAUGCUCUCCCUACCUCUGUGACUGGAUCCUGCUGGAACCACACCAUGGAUGGGGGCAAGCAGCUAAAGGUCACCCUUGUUUUCAGCCUGCCACUCGUUUUUCAGUUCUGUGCUGGGGACAAUGUCACUGACUACUAUGACUCCAACAGCACCAUCGACUACAGCAUGUUCGAGUCCCUGUGUGAGAAGGAGGAGGUCCGAAACUUCCGUGCUGCCUUCCUCCCGGCCAUGUACAGCCUCAUCUGCUUCACUGGGCUGCUGGGGAACGGGCUGGUCAUGCUCACCUACAUCUACUUCAAGAGGCUGAAGACCAUGACAGACAUCUACUUGCUGAACCUGGCCAUGGCAGACAUCCUCUUCCUGCUGACCCUUCCCUUCUGGGCCGCGAGCGCGGCCACACACUGGCUUUUUGGGCCUGCUGCCUGCAAAGCUGUCUACUGCAUCUGCAAAAUGAGUUUCUUCAGUGGGAUGCUGCUCCUCCUGUCCAUCAGCAUCGACAGGUACUUUGCCAUCGUCCAGGCGGCCUCAGCCCAUCGCCUGCGGCCCCGGAUGAUCUUCAUCAGCAAGGUGACCUGCUUCAUCAUCUGGCUCCUGGCCUUCAUCCUCUCCAUCCCUGAGCUGGUUCACAGUGGUGUGAACAACUCAGAGAGCAGCCCCCGUUGUUCCAUCAUUGCUGAUGACUUGCAGACUUUCAACACUGGCAUCAAAGUGUCCCAAAUGGUGUUUGGCUUCUUAAUUCCCCUCCUGGUCAUGUCUUUCUGCUACCUCAUCAUCAUCAAAACGUUACUCCAGGCCCGCAACUUUGAGAAGAACAAAGCCAUCAAGGUCAUCAUCGCCGUGGUCAUCGUCUUUGUCGUCUUCCAGCUGCCUUACAACGGCGUCAUGCUGGCCAAGACCAUCUCAGCCUUCAACCAGACCAGCUCGUGUGAGGAGAGCAAGAAGCUGGACGUGGCAGAUGACGUGACCUACACCCUGGCCUGCUUCCGAUGCUGCCUCAACCCAUUCCUCUACGCCUUCAUCGGCGUCAAAUUCCGCACCGACCUCUUCAAGCUGCUGAAGGAGCUGGGCUGCCUGAGCCAGGAGCGCCUCUUGCAGCUCACCUCGUGCCGUGACAACAAGAGGAGCUCCUUUGCCAUGGAGACAGAGACAACCACCACCUUCUCUCCGUGAGCCCAGCUCCAGGCACGCCUUGGUGGAGCUGAACUGGUUUUGGACGUUUUCUGGACUCCUGGCAGAGUAAGACCUGCCAUACUGCAGAGAAGGGGGAAAUCUAGGAGCCUCCUCCUGUUUCAAGCAGCAAGGGCUGCUGGCCAAUGUCCCAUGGGUGGAGAGACUUCACAACAGAGCUGUCACUAACAGCAAAGCAAGGGAGAGGUGGUGAGUCUGCAAUUCCUCCUGUCAUUUCACCUUCAGCUUAGUCUUUCCCUGUCAAAAUGAGAAACGCUCAAAAUAGAAUGUUUUCCCUAAAAGAGACAAGUACCAAGAGAAAACAGACGUUGGUGCAGCAGAACUGCCUGGGAGCAUCAGCCUUGAUUUGGAUGCUGAUUUUAACAAGACAACAGCUCUGCAACCCCACAGAAAUGCCCUUGCACUGAGUCAGUCCGAGGCCAACCCGCAGCCUCGGUCUCGAUCCAACCCCAGCUGUGGAGUAUCCGAGCACACGACUGCUCUGCCUUCCCCCAUGAAAUGUGAGACAUGACCACAGCUAAUGCAAAAUCCAUACAAACUCAAGCCAUAAUUUCAAUUACUUUUUAUAACAUUGUAGCCACUCAUAGCUCUGUCAGGAAAAGUACAAAUUCUACUUUACUUCUGCCUGUAUCCUGUUUCUGGGCUAUCACCUGCUGACCUUGAGAUAAAUA